AUGAUUCAGACGCAUAUUUCAACCGCAAAUGUAAUUUUCAAUCUUGUACAAUACACGUGAUACUAAUUCAUACGAACAGGCACAUCAUCUCGCUCGAUUUCUGCUGUUGUCUGUUAAAGUAUAAAGAUCAAGAAGAUGAAGUUGUUUGUUCAAGCUGCCUUGUAUGCUCUCUUGUCGUAUCACUUGGUUGAAGGUGGCUGUGAUUCUAAUCUUGGAAAUGAGCUGAUUGAUGGACUUCUUGAUAUGAUUCUGAAAAUUAAACGAUCCGGCAAUAGUAGUGAUACUACACCUACGGAAAUUCCUGCCUUUUCUGUAUCACUGACAAAUGCAAAAGACCUAGGCACGUCUGAAAUUAUAAAGUUUGACAAAGUGUGGACCAAUAAUGGAAACCUCUAUGACCCGAACACAGGGAUAUUUCAAGCACAUCUUAAUGGCGUGUACCAGUUUUCUUUCACUGUGAUGUCCAAGUAUGGGAAAAAUUUGGAGGUAUAUUUAUGGCAGAACGACACUCGUCUGGUUGCUGUAUAUCCGGGCACUGGUUAUAACGAAGGGACUGCAAACAUGGUGUUGAAUCUUAAAAAGGGCGACAGAGUUUAUGUUAAAUGCGGAACAGCAAGUGGUGCAGUAUCCAUUCAUACAAGCAAUGGUUCCUGGUACAGCAUGUUCUCUGGUUAUCUUAUACACGUUUCAAAAUAAAACAAAUGUCUGAAAAG